AUGGAGGCAGGGCGUGCUCGUUGCCGUGACAACACCGGUCUGCCGAUUCUAUCCCUAGGACUCAACAGCGUGAAGCAUAUUGUCACAAAACUAGACGAUCAAAGAGAUGCUGUUGUAUACGCUCGUGAUAUAAACACUUCUUUCUAUCAAAGAGAGAAGCUGUUGAAUAGAUUCGUCUUCAAUUUGGGAGUGGCUAUCAGCAAAUGUAUACCUAGUGUGACCUGCGCCAAUUUCGGCUUCCUAGCCGUUACCACGGGAUUCUUCGCACCAAGGAUGUUAUCUUAUUUUCUCCUGUAUCCGUUUUGCAGAUUGGUAUUUGGGACACUCUAUCCGGCGUAUGCGUCAUACAAAGCUGUGAGGACGAAGAAUUUAAAAGAAUACGUAAAAUGGAUGAUGUAUUGGAUAGUAUUCGCGUUGUUCACAUGCACGGAGACCUUCACUGACGUGUUCCUAUCAUGGUUCCCGUUCUACUACGAGGUGAAGAUCGUCAUAGUGUUGUGGCUUCUGUCACCAGCUACCAAGGGAUCAUCGAUACUGUAUAGGAAGUUUGUACACCCGGCGCUAUGCAGGCGGGAACAGGAGAUCGAUGAAUACAUAGCAAAAGCCAAAGAUCAGGGUUACCACACGGUACUAAAUCUGGGUACCAAAGGAGUUAACUAUGCCACCACUGUUAUCAUGCAAACUGCAAUCAAAGGCGGCGGUGGUUUAGUACAACAACUUCGUAAGAGCUACAGUCUGUCAGACCUCAGCGAGUGCGAGCCGAGAGAGGAACGCGCGCCCGAUGAAGCGGAUGACGUGCUCGCCGAGCCGAGGCUUAUACGACGAGCCAUUAAAAGUGGUUUCGCGACUCGUCGCAGCGCGUCAGAAUCAAACAGUCGUACGCCGAUAUAUUUCCCUGAAGUAGAUGUUGACGUGCGUGGACCCAGGCGGGUUGACGAACCUGAUUUCAGUCACAUAAAAUCCAGUGAAGACAUUAGUUCCGGCUACUCAUCAGCGGAGAACUCGUCUUGUUUGAGCCGCACUUCAUCUGCGGGAGCUCGUUCCCGUCGCGUCACACGAACUACAAUCACGUCAAUCAAGAGACCGCAGGCCGCUGAGGACAAUGAAGUCAUCGAGGAGCUUCCCUACGACGAUAUAUAUGACAAUUCCAAUAAUCACCGUAUCUCAUCCCCCCUUUAUUUAUCCCACACAAAUCCACCUUUCAUAUACCAAUAUGUAGGAGAUCAGAUUCACGGGACCAAAAAGAAACUGUUGACGAAACGUCACAAAAAUUAG